AUGCCGUUUGGCUUCACCCACAAGCCCCUCGUUGCGCUUGCCGGCUCGGCCAUCACCUCGUUUUACCGCAAGAUCGAGGUCUAUGGCAGCGAGAAUGUGCCUGAGGAGGGCCCCAUCAUCUUCGCUUGCACGCACACGAACAUGGCAAUUGACCCGGCCGUGCUGUCCAACACGAUCCCCAAUGGCCACCUCCUCCACUACUGGGUCAAGGACUCUCUGUUCAAGCACCCGGCCAUGAAGGUUCUCCUGACGAACGCCGGCAACAUCCCCGUUGACCGCAAGACAAAGGACAACCAGAAGCUCUUCAAAGGAACCUUUGAAGCUCUUGAUCGGGGCGAAUGCAUUGGUGUCUUCCCCGAGGGCACGUCGCACACCGAGCCUCAUCUCAUCCCGCUCAAGGACGGCACGUCGUGGACCGCUCUCGAGUACCUCAUCUACCUCAACGGCUCCGACGCAAGCCCAGGCAAGAAAGAGGGCAAGCCGGCCGUCAUUGUCCCUGUGGGCAUUGCCUAUGUGGACAAGUCCAAGUACCGCAGCCGCGUUGCUGUUACGUACGGUGCGCCCAUCUCGAUGGACACGUACGCGAGCGAGUUCCUCAGCGGUGUGGAGGGCGCCAACAAGGUCGCCGUCAAGCGUUUGACCAAGGCGACCGAGCUGGAGAUGCACAAGAUGACCGUCAACGCUCCUGACUGGGAUUCGGCCCACGCCGCCGAGAUGGCACGCCAGCUGCUCUGGCUGCACGAGGACAGCCUGGCCCUCGCCGACUAUGUCGAUGUUGCGCAGACCCUUGUCGACCUGUUCAGCACCGACGACGAGCGCGUCGACAGGCUCAAGGCCAACCUCGUCACCUACGGCCAGCUCCUCUCGGCGUCGCGUCUGUCCAACUCGGCUCUCACCGACCUCCCCCUCGACACCCAGCUGGACCCGUCCAAGGAGGUGCCCCUGCCCGGUCGUUUGAGGACACUGGCUAUCCUGAUCAAGGACACGAUCAUCUCCGUCGCCCAGUUCCCCUUCUUCGUUGUCCCCUUCAUCUUCCACAUUCCCUUCUAUCUCAUCGGUAUCUUUGGCGCCCACCUCGCCGAGGACGAGGUGGAGACCCGCGCACAGAACAAGAUGUUCAUGUCGGUCUUCAUCUCGUUCAUCACAUACCCCAUCGUCUUCUUCAUCUUUGUUUGGCUCUUUGGCCGCGUGCCCAUGGGUAUGGUCUUUGCCGCUGGUGCCGUCUGGCUUCUUGCCAAGUACCACACCGCCCUCAUCGACCAAAACUACAACGCUGCCAAGCGCCUGGCUGCCGCGUGGCGCGUCCUCGUCGGCGUGUGGCUCGGUUCCAACGCCGAAAUGUCCAUCAACCAGUUUGUAGACGACGUGGCCAAGUUUGCGCCCAACCCGCCAGCAACCGCCGGCCUGCCCCCCGGAACGCCCAAGGAGAAGUACGUCCGCCCCAUCAAGCUGCCGUCGCGCGUCCUGGUCCGCCACGUCCUCCGCACCCGCGUGCAGGUCGCGCGUGAACUCGAGGCCACGCUCCUCGAGCUCGAGGACAGCGACACCCGUCUCAAGGCGAGCUUCUGGCUGGCCGAAAGGUAUGGCGGUGACGUGCUGCGCGCCGACGCGUCGGACGCCGUGCCAGAGUACGCUCGCGAGUGGCCCCAGGGCGCGCGCGGCGCACGCGAGGUCGUCGCCUUCCUCCGCGGCCGUGGCGCGCGCCUCGGCUCGGCCUCGACGGACGAGUACUGGGCCGCAGACAGUGAUGACGAGAAGGACGACAUCAAGGUGCUCAAGAGCGAGUAG